GCAAAAAUGUCUGGUCCCCGGCAGUUUCAUGUUGUUAUUGUCGGCGCGUCGAUAUCCGGCCUGACUCUCGCUCAUUGUUUGUCUUCCACCAGCAUUAAAUUCACUGUCCUGGAGGCUAGGUCCAACUCGUUCAACGACGGUGCGGGCCUCGUCAUUCUCCCGAAUGGCGCCCGUAUACUGGACCAGUUGGGGCUGUACCGGGAUGUCUUGGACUGGGGUGUACGCAUGGACUGGCACAGCACCUGGCUUGAUGAUGGUCGUCUGCUUAAACGGGUAAAUACGAGGCAGAUUGGUUCUGUCAGACGCAGGACAGGCUACCCUCUCAUAGUUAUCGCACGACGAGCCCUCCUAGGCAUUAUUUUUACGCGUCUUCGGGAUAAACACCGUGUGUUCUUCAACAGAAGAGUAUCGCGCAUAAUCUCCACCCCGGAGGGUGUCACCGUUCACAGCACGGACGGCUCCAGUGUUUCGGGAGAUCUGGUGGUCGGAGCCGAUGGCGUGUACAGCACCGUGCGGUCUCAGAUGUGGCGCCAUAUCAAGGGUAUUGAAGAUGGCGCUGGUCGCCAUAUAUCGGAGGUCCGCUUGAAAGUUGCAUAUGUCGGGGUCUUUGGAAUCUCUCAUGCCUUUCCUGCGCUGGAGAGGGGACAUGUGCACCGCGCGUAUGGACACGGUUGGUCGACGAUUAUAAUGGCGGGGCCAGAAUCGAAAGUCUUCUGGUUUGUUUCAAUUGCACGUCCUAGUACCGACAAGUCGAAUCCGCGUCAUAGUUGCGAUAGCUCCUUUCUGUCCGGUAUUGUCGCACCUCUCCUAGAGAAGUAUGUCGCCUCCGAUGUCACGUUUGGCGAAAUCUUCAACCGAACCGAUUCAUACGUCUUCGUCCCUCUGGAAGAGUCGCUUCAGACCCGCUGGUCCUGGGGACGCUUUGCCGGGGUAGGGGAUGCGAUGACACCCAACAUCGCAGAAGGGGCGAACUGCGCCAUCGAGUCAGCCGCGUCGCUUGCUAACCAUUUGAAUAAGUUUGUUCGGGAAUCGGACGAUCCUUACAAAGAAGACGGAUUGCAUUCGGCCCUGAAGACAUGGGAAGACUCGCGCAGGCACCGAGUGAAGUUUCUUUUCACCCUCUCGCAGUUGGCUGUCCGCGUCGAGGCUGCAACGAACUGGGGACUCAAGCUGCUCCGAAGGUGCUCUGGGGUGGUGCACGGGGUGGGAAUCAGUUGGGUCACGGAUCUCACUCCCCAUACUGCACGAGUAGACUAUCUUCCGUUACAACGACGAGAGGGUACGGGGAGAGCUUCAAAGAACAAAGGACAGAAACAGAGGCGGAUCACCUGGUUUUCCGCAGUCCCACUUGCAGCGACCGUAAGUCUGGUACUUCAUGUCUUCCGUACCAUGUUGGGAUAG